CUUUUGGCUGGGAGCCCAGACAGGGCUUUUGUAAUCAAAACAUGAUCUUGUAUGCUGUGCAGCCAGUACUGAGAAAGGCCGUCUGAUGGCUCUCCUCUUUUAGCUCUGCUGUGGAAUCCGCCAAGCUUCACCUCUGAUGUCCAAAAUGCACCGAUCUGUGAGUGCCGCCUUUGUUGAUGCCACAGUGGAUGACGCAGUGUUGCGGAAAAAAGAACAAAAAGAUGUCGAACUGGAUAAGAAAAUCAUAGCUUUGCGGAAAAAGAACGAAGCCCUUAUGCGAAGAUAUCAUGAAAUAGAAGAGGACAGGAAGCGAGCAGAGCAGGAGGGAAUGGCUGUCACUUCGAGGAAAGCCAGGCCAGACGGCCUCACCAUCACCAUCACCAAAGCCCAUAAUGAGAAAAGAGUCGUGAGUGAGAAAUGGGGAAGCAGCGGCCCUCCUGCCUCCAGUUUUGGGAUUGGAAGUGAGGAGGAGGAAGAUGACGAGGAAUCUGAUCACUUGUUUACAUUCAGGAUGGGGAAGAGGGUUCAGUUGGCUGUUACCAUGGACAAUAAAGCCAAGGGAAAGCGGGUUGUGAGUGAAAAACGGGGAUCAGAGUGUCUUGUGAGCCCAGGGGAGGCCCCAGACAUCAGUGAAGAAGAGAUUGAUCAGUUGGUUGCUUUCCGCAGGGGAAGAAGGAUGCAGAUUGCUAUUACAAUGGACAACAAAGGCAGGGUGGAUGAAAAGAGAACGGUGGAGAGGAGGUGGUCAGAGGGUGACAAACAUUCAGAGAAUGUGCUUGUCAGAAAGGAGAGAGGAAAAUCUCCUCAGAAGAGCCCAGGGGAUAAGGGCUCUACCCUGACCGGGAGAGAGCGGUCGGAAUACAUGCGGUGGAAGAAGGAACGGGAUCAGAUUGACCUGGAGCGACUGGCACGCCACAAGAACGCAAGGGGGGAAUGGCGACGGGCUUGGGACACAGAAAAAUCAGAGCACAUGUUUGAUGAUACUAAAGAUGGAGAGCCAGCUUUGGAUUGUGUCCACAACAAGAAAGGAGGAAGAAAUGCCAGGAAGUCCCAGCACCGAACCUUGCCUUCUGAAGGAAAAAGUGGAGGUCAGCACAGAAGAAGCACCAGUGAGUCUGCUGCCAGAACAUUGCCAGUAGUGAGCAGUAAAGCCAGAGGGAAGGACAGACUAACAGGCAGAGCCAGAAGAUGGGAUGCCAAGGAAGGUGAAGAAAUGCCCUUUGUAAAGGAUGAACCUGAUAAGCAGAGAUCCUCGACCAAUGAGCAACUGAAAAAACAAGCUCUGGCUAGUGAAGCAGUCAAGGAGCAUAACUUCCCAGCAGGCCUAGAGAAUAAUAUAAAGCCCCCAGAACACAGUGCUCCCUUGCCUCAAGCCCAAAGAGAUGAAUGGAACCAAUCUGCAGGUGAAGAGCAGGGUGCAAAUGAAAAAGCCAGGAGGUGCCUAACCCAGGGCAUGUCUCCCGCAAUCAGAGCGGAUGAGACCGCGGCAGAUCUCAAACUCAGUAAGUCAGUAACUGGGACUGAUUUGUCUCCCAUGGGCAACUAUAUGAAUAGCAGCUCUUCUCAGGGAGUGCCUGGGAAUGUGGUGCAGACUUCUGGGUGCGACCUUCAAGAAAUCAAUUCCAUAGUCUAUGGAGGUGGCUUAGACAAAAGUGCGUAUUGUGAACGGAACCCUUGUGGGGAGCAGGCAGGAAAAGGUAGUGAGCUGUUGAACAAGGAAGGAGGAAGUGGUGAAGGCCAAGGGCUGAUAACAGUAGGACAAGGAGAAGAGAACCAAGUUGGUGGCCUCCAGAAGGAGAUAAUACCUGCGAAAGAACGUGACACUGCAGCCUGCCUUGUUCGAACGGAGGAGUCCAGGCCUCCAUGUAAAGAAAUUCCAGAUCCAACGAAUGAAUAUGUACAGGAAGGGGCACAAAUGAGGAACAAGGAAGAAGACCAACCUCCAUCGUGCAGUAACAAAGCACAGGAUUAAGACCGAACACACGGCUCCAUAGAGGCCAAAGGUGAGUGCAAUGCUAGCCCCUCCACUUGGCGUUUUAUGUAGAUUUCUAGCCUGCUCUGUCCCAAGAGCUCAAGCCUGGUAGCUCAGUUACACCUAAAAAGAUGGGACACCAGCAUCCAGGAAGUUCUCCUGCCCAUCUCCUACUGAAAUGAAUCAUACUUGGCUCUUGCACUGGUAGGACUGUUUUCAUUCAUUACACUGAGGUUUAAACAGGAGAACCCCCUCGUGGAUUCAGUCCUUGUCCCUUAGGAGCACAGCUCACAAUAUUUGACUGGCCACUUUAUGUUGAAGAGCUAGGCAUUAUUGUGAUGACUCUUGGAAGCUGCAUUUUCUAUAGGUUGGUCAAUUCCCACUUACUAGGCACAGAUCCUAAUAUUACAUGGAUGAAUCUGCCAUUACGCUGCUAAACGGUUCACAGCAGAAGAUAGUAAGCAACAACCGGCUUCCAAAUGAUUACAAGCUGUAAUGAGAAGGCAGCUCUCUUCUUCAAAGCUGCAUGUCUUAAUCUUGGGCAACCCUGCUGUGAUCCUACUAAAGAUCAUCAAGACCAUUCAUUCAUUUGUUCAAAUUAUCUAGUUGGGGGUGAAAAGGAAAACCCCUGCAGAAGCAGAAUGCUCUUCUCCAGCAGUGCAUGCAGUAAGGUAGGUCUUUUCUUCCAGGUUAUACUUUCCAGACUUUUAGGUUUCAAACAAACAUAUUCAGCUGCCAUUCCCAACCUUGUUCCAAGCUGUUUCCUUCCCAGAAAACCACCAAUAUCCACAGAGCAAA